CAACACAGUGUAAUAAAGGAACCCUGAUCUGAUUAAACUUCGCUGCUUUAUUCUCUAUUAUUCAUACCUUCAAGUGGAUUAAUGACCACAGUGCUUCUUAUUUAUAUUUAUUACAAGAUGAUGCCGCGCUGUGAUUAGCGUUUUCCAGUCACAUGACCGCUCAUGCCAAAGAUGAAGAAGAUCAACCUCGACACGCUCAGAAAAUCGUUCAAAAUCAAAGCCAGAGACGCCGCCGAUGAUUCCAUGAUGCAUCAGAAACCUUCGCCGGGGUCCGAGUCGGCGCAGGACGACCCGCUUUUCGAAGGGUGCUACGCCAAAGACGUGUCCUGUGACCCCCAGGCCGAGGGUACGAGAGGGCACGACAAGAUGGUAUCGAAGGGUGAAGGUCUGAUGGGGACGUUAAAGCGACGACUGUCGUCCAAACAGAGAGUUAAGAGUAAAGGAGGGUCGAACUCGCUCGGCUCCGGAGACGCAGACGCCGUGAGCUUCAGCGACGCCAAGGGUCACCAGUACAGCCCGCCGCCUUGGCCUGUCAGACGCGCCGACGGCGAUGACGACGCCUGCAUUGACGUGGAGGUGAAGGUCAAAGCCGUGGUUCACGCGCCGGGUCCGAGUCUGAGGAAGGACCUCGACGUCCAGAUGGAGGGGUUUUUUGACGAGUCCAUGAGGAAUUUGGAAUCGAUGGAGGAGGACUUCGCCCCGUACAUGAUGCCUUUAGAUGAUGGACUGUACCCCGAUUCACCCCCCUUUGUACACAUCGACGGUUCCUCUCCGAUCGACGUCGACCACGAAUCCCUGGACGUGUUAUCCCCGGAUAUUCUCAUGGACCAAUCGGUGAACGGGAUUCUCCUCGACACUCCGGAACUUUCCCCGUCUCUUCCUUCUCUUUCAAACCUCGACAUUCCCGAUCUGGACGACAGAGUGAUGCAGCAGCUCCGUUUCGACCCGAGCUUCGCCCCCGGGGUAAGCGGGGUGUACGAUUCGGUCCGGACCGGCGGCCCGACGAUCCUGACGAGCCUCACGCAGGAGCUGAAGAACCUGGCGAGGCAGGGGUGGUACUGGGGCCCGAUCACGCGCUGGGAGGCGGAGGAGAAGCUCCUCCGGCUCCCGGACGGCUCCUUCCUGGUGCGCGACAGUUCGGACGAGCGCUACCUGCUCAGCCUGAGCUUCCGCUCUCAGAGUAAGACCCUGCACACCCGGAUCGAGCACUCCAACGGGCGCUUCAGCUUCUACGAGCAGCCCGACGUGGAAGGUCACGCGUCCAUCGUGGACCUGAUCGAGCUGUCCGUCAGAGACUCGGAGAACGGCGCCUUCUGCUACUCCAGGUCGCGCCAGCCGGGCUCGGUCACGUACCCCGUCCGGCUGAGCAGCCCGGUCUCGCGCUUCAUGCAGGUACGCUCUCUGCAGUACCUGUGCAGGUUCCUGAUCAGGCAGUACACGCGGAUCGAUCUGAUUCAGAACCUGCCCCUACCCAACAAGAUGAAGGACUACCUGCAGGAGAAGCACUACUGAUCCUCGGUCCGGUCCGGUGGUCCGGCGUUUGGUGGUUUACCGUCGUCUCGAUCGGUCUGAUGUUACUCAGAUGUACCGGAAAGUAUUCAGACCCUUGGACUUUUUGUUUUGCUUUAUGCCUCACAGGAGGCACCAGUUAUCCAUCACCAACCUGUAUGAGCAAUGACACGUGUACAUGUAUAUAUGACAACUAGGGUUCUACUAAAUUCUGAGGAAAAUGUGCUUAACCCUCUAACACCAAGCGUAUUAUAUUUGAUACAUGAGUAGAAAAAUGUUAAAUAUUUAAGGUACAGCCUUAGUGAUAAAUAAAGCUCUUCUGUUAUUUGAAGAUUGGAGAGGUUCUAAAGCAGCAGCGUGAGGACACCGACCGUGUGAGAAUCGAGGUACUUUUAAAUUAGGGAUUCGUCUAGAAACCGCGUCCACCAAUGUCUCGCAGUCGUCUUCCUCUAUAGUCACGCCUCUAUAGUACACAAAACCAUACCUAAAAAACGUCAUUGCUAGCUAUUUUUUUUAAGGAUUAGCAAUUAAUCAAAUGGAUCGUUGUGCGUCUUCGGCGGCAGCUAUGAUCAACUGUUAUAAUCGUUUAGAGCGACGAGCGACUGAAAUGCAUCGACUGUUUUUUGGUGGUCUGGUCCAAAACGAGGCCGCACCUUUUUAUGGCUCGGGUUCCUCACGUGUUUAUGUAUAUAUGACAACUAGGGUUCUACUAAAUUUACAAAAAAUGUGCUUAACCCUCUAACACCAAGCGUAUCAUAUUUGAUACACGAGUUGAAAAACGUUAAAUCUUUAAGGUACAGCUUUAGUGAUAAAUAAAGCUGUUCUGUUAUUUGAAGAUGAGAUGAUUUUUAUUAAGAUAAACAUCAGACACCAUGUGAACUACCUCAGGGGCUCAUUUUAGAAUUCGAGAUCAAAGGAAUCGCGCUUCUCAGUCGAGGGUUCGUUCAAUAAGCAUUUACAUUUACAUUUAGUGGACACGUAUAAUUACCAUUGAAUACAACUCAAGCAACUGAGGGUUAAGGGUCUCGCUCAGGGGCCCAACGGUGGCAACUUGAUGAUAGUGAGGCUUGAACCAGGACCAGGACCAGUCCAGGACCUUCACUAAUGUAUGUGUGAUCACGUGCAGAACACACACAGGUUAUAAAUCACAUGAUGCUGGAUCUCUGUAACGUCUGUUUCUCAGUAUUUUUAUCGAUUAUAGAUUCUCCCGAUCGUAUUGAUUUUAUAUAAAGAUCCGAUGCUGGACGGUUUCAUGGGGGUUCAUUUAUUAUUGGGAGAAUCGAGCGGGUCAGUAAUGAGCACACUUUUAUACAGACGGUACUUUGUGUUGACGAUUGUUUAAUGAUCUGUACAGUGAAUAAAGUCAGUAAACGAAA